AUGAAUUUUAUUUAUAAAAUUCUUUGUUUAAGGAAUAUUAAAUGUUGUCCCACUACUAUGGACAUUUUCCUGAUGCUAAUUUUGGCUGUGAUAAUAUUUUCAUGUGGCGUGAUAUGUACCCUGGUGAUCGAGUUUUAUUUAGUGAAAAAGUACUUCGAGUCCGGACCGGAGUCAAAGUCUCCGGAGAAGCCAACCAAGUGUUAUGGAAAAGCCGAAUUACCUGACCAGCUCCUGGAGUCGAUCGACGAGCUUAAGGAGAAGUCCCGCGGGCAUUACCCGUCGCAGGGAAACGAGAACCUGGCGAUAAACCUGACCCUGCAGUUCCUGUUCAACGAGCUGAAGAACGCCGAGCGGGUCAGGUUGUGGCUCACCCGGAAGCUCAACAACGAGUUUAAAGAACUGCUGACGCAAAGUACCACCAGAAGAGUUUUCGACAGUGUCCAGCUCCGCGACCUGUACCUGGGGAGCCAGUUCCCGACGAUCAAGGGCCUGGAGGUUGCAAACGCAGUGAUCGACAAGGACACCGGCCUCCUGGAGACCCUGGACCUAGCCCUUGACCUUCAUUAUUCCGGGAACUUCCAGCUGUCGAUAGACGUCAAGAUGUUCCGGGGCAGAACCGCGAACUUGUCUUUGCAAAUCCUGGAACUGGAGGUCCAGAGCCACUUUCAAGGCCGUCAGCUGAAGCCGCAGAUCGUGGCACCGAUCAUAACUCAGAUCCGUCGCGCAAUUCAGAGAAAACACACCCUUCCGCAGUACAAGAUGCGCUACAAGCCGUUCUUCCGUCGGCUGAACGACGAGGACAUUGACCUGGCUGAAGUGUGUGCUCAGCUGACUCCAGGGCAGCUGGACGUCGUCCUCGUGGAGGUUAGCCGCCUAAAUCUGGCCCAGAGUAACCUUUCUCUGGAGGAUUUGUCGCUGAUUGAAGUUUACUGCACGGUUAGUGUAGAUUCUACACCCUGGGUCUACCUGACGCAGUACAACGGCGUCCCCUACAUGGUUCUCGACUUAAUAAUCAGCAAGAGCAACAAUCACCAGCUGGGCGUUGUCUUUAAACAAGAAACAAUCCCCGAAAUCGGUCAGAACUGCGUUGUGGUUGAAACUAUCGUCGCGGGGAGCGCAGCGGGGGUCGCAGAAAUGCGCAAGGGCGAUAUCUUGGUCUCCGUCGACGGUAAAAAGGUCGGGAACAUGAACCAGGUUGGUAAAUUGGUAAAAAAUGCCGCUCAGAGGAGGUUUGUCAUUCGCGUAGAGCGAAAAUACACGAAAAACGACGAAGAUACUGCUGCGCAUGCGCAGGGACUGUUCCAUCCUGCGCAAAACCUGUUCCAGGGCUCUGCGCAUGCGCAAGGACUGUUCCACGGUUCAAAAAGCAAACACGAGCCGCAAAUUAAGUUCUCGGAGCUUAAAGACCAUCACUCGGACAAUGAGACGCCCAGUUCCGGGGAAAGUGGGAUUAAAUUGUUCCGUCGGCGCAAGAGCAGCGUCCAUGUACCUGAAGAAUCCCUCGAGCACCUGACCAGGAGGAUUUCGACGAUCAGCAACCUGUCCUCGGGGUCUAGCAAUGCUUGGAACGAUGAACUGACCAUCAACGACCUGACCUCGAUGACCAAGGAGAAGGUCUACGCGUCGACGAUAACCUUCGAGGAGUCCAGGACCUAUCAGAUUGAUUCAGAGUUCCUGUACCUGAACGUCGGAGUCUGGGCGAGGCUCAGGGGCGGAGAAUUUGCGCCCAAGAUUCUAGGGUACCUCAAUGUUCCGAUAAAACUUGUUCUCAGUCAGUGUUCCACGUCGACUACCGGGUUCUACUUGAAACCUCAACCCCUACUCCCGCCUGAUACAGCUUCGUUCGCGUCACUCAAUUCUAAACUUCAAGGAUACUCAGGGUUUGAUCCGAGUCUGUGUUAUGGAGACAUUUUGUUGUCAUACAGAUGGACGUCUAAUCAAACUAAGCGUCGCAAUGCUAAUGGAGACUCAGCUAAACGAGAGGAAGUUAAUAAAAGUUCUCCUGUUGCUGCUGGGGGCGAUGCUGGGGAAAAAAAAUUACAUGAUUUUAUUCGUACGCACUUUCAUCGAGCUACUCAUUGUGAUUUUUGUUCUAAAAAGAUAUGGUUAAAAGAUGCAAUUCAAUGCCGAGAUUGCGGAAUGGUGUGUCACAAAAAAUGUCAAGCGCGUUGUCAAAGUACAACAUCCUGCGGAGCAGAAAGUCUGACGAACCUAGCCUUCGAAGUCGAUGAACUAACAGAUGGCUCCACUAAUUCCUCGCUGGGAGACGUCAAUCCUGAAAUAUCACUGACCGGGUGUGAAGAAAACGUUCAGGGGGUGGCUGUCAAGGCCAGUGCUAUUGCUAACUCUUUGCUGGGGCUUAAGAAAGCUGGGAGUACUAGUAACUUGGCGCCACCUACGUCUUCUGGUGGGAGCGGAUCAAGAAGCUUGCCUCCCAAAGGCGCAGAACCGAGCGUAGCAAGCCCUCUGGUGGCUGGAGAACUAAACGAGGGUCUAAUGUCUCAUGCCAAAGAAACCGGAAAAUUUUUGUACCGCGACCUGGAGCCAAAUGACCGAAUUGACAAAAUUAAUUUCAUGAUGGGAAAAUUAAAGGCGGCCUUGGACGUCGAGUCAAGUUCACGUUUAGAGCUGUCGCAAUCGGGAGACUCAGACAGCGCAAAAUUGAUAGCUCAGAGUGAUUUACGCGUUCAAGCACUGUCAGUUCUUUUGCUCCACUAUUGUGCGGGCCUACAACAUGCGCAAGAGUUCAAACAAACGGCCUAA